AUGGGCGAUCCCCCGUGUAAGAGUGAGGUGGAGGAGGACAUUCCAGGGAACGUCACCACAGAAAAUCCCAUUAAGAAUUCUGAGGAAAACUUCAUCUUAUCACUGAAUUAUAAGGGAGGAGAAGAAGAUAUCAUGCAGCACUCUUCUGGAGAAAACCCCAUUACUCUUCAUGUACAUCCAAGACUACACAGUACAGAUCUAUCAUAUACUCCCCCUAGUCAUGACCAAGCACAGAUUACCACAUGUACAGAUGAGAAAAGGGGUGAAAGAUUUCAGUAUGGUAAACAGUUCAAAAAACGAUCAAGACUUCCUACACAAAGAAGAAUUUGCACAGAGGAGAAGCCACACUCCUGUCCAGAAUGUGGGAAGUGCUUUGGAACUAAAUCAAAUCUUGUUAGGCAUAAGAGCAUUCACAAAGUAGAGAAGCCGUAUUCAUGUUCAGAAUGUAAGAAGGGCUUUAAACUGAAAUCAUAUCUUGCUAUACAUGAGAGCAUUCACAGAGGGGAGAAGCCGUAUUCAUGUUCAGAAUGUGGGAAUUGUUUUACACGGAAAUCAUCUCUUGUUACACAUCAGAGAUUUCACACAGGAGAGAAGCCGUAUUCAUGUUCAGAAUGUGGGAAUUGUUUUACACGGAAAUCAUCUCUUGUUACACAUCUGAGAUGUCACACAGGAGAGAAACCAUAUUCAUGUUCAGACUGUGGGAAAUGUUUUGCAGAUAAAUCAACUUAUUUUCAACAUGAGCGACGUCACAGAGGUGAGAAGCCAUAUUCAUGUUCAGAAUGUGGGAAAUGUUUUAUACGGAAAUCAUAUCUUGUUACACAUCAGAGAUGUCACACAGAAAAUUCCAUUAAGAAUUCUGAGGAAAACUUCAUCUUAUCACUGAAUUAUAAAGGAGGAGAAGAAGAUAUCAUGCAGCACUCUUCUGGAGAAAACCCCAUUACUCUUAAUGUACAUCCAAGACUACACAGUACAGAUCUAUCAUAUACUCCCCCUAGUCAUGACCAAGCACAGAUUACCACAUGUACAGAUGAGAAAAGGGGUGAAAGAUUUCAGUAUGGUAAACAGUUCAAAAAACGAUCAAGACUUCCUACACAAAGAAGAAUUUGCACAGAGGAGAAGCCACACUCCUGUCCAGAAUGUGGGAAGUGCUUUGGAACUAAAUCACAUCUUGUUAGGCAUAAGAGCAUUCACAAAGUAGAGAAGCCGUAUUCAUGUUCAGAAUGUAAGAAGGGCUUUAAACUGAAAUCAUAUCUAGCUAUACAUGAGAGCAUUCACAAAGGAGAGAAGCCGUAUUCAUGUUCAGAAUGUGGGAAUUGUUUUACACGGAAAUCAUCUCUUGUUACACAUCAGAGAUUUCACACAGGAGAGAAGCCAUAUUCAUGUUCAGAAUGUGGGAAAUGUUUUACACAUAAAUCAUCUCUUGUUACACAUCUGAGAUGUCACACAGGAGAGAAACCAUAUUCAUGUUCAGACUGUGGGAAAUGUUUUGCAGAUAAAUCAACUUAUUUUCAACAUGAGCGAAGUCACAGAGGAGAGAAGCCGUAUUCAUGUUCAGAAUGUGGGAAAUGUUUUAUACGGAAAUCAUAUCUUGUUACACAUCAGAGAUGUCACACAGGAGAGUAGCCAUAUUCAUGUUCAAAAUGUGGGAAAUGCUUUUCAAAUAAAACAAGUCUUCUUUUACAUAAUAGACGUCACUUGGAAGAGAAAACAUUUGGAUAUCAAUUUAUUAAUGGUUCUUAAAGCGAAUACGUUUUAUUUUUUGGUUGAAAUUGUCCUCGAUCUCCCUAACAUGCAAACGAUAUUUCUCUGAGGUCAACUGUGACCGAGAUCCACAGAGGAAAAGUAUUGUGGAUAUAAGGAGAGAAGAAGAGUAUUGUUUACUUCCAAAGCAGUGAAGAUGUAUUGUUCCCAUGAACCUUGCUUCUUAUCACUGUAUUCAUACCUCCACCCACACUGCGGGUGAAUCCAGAGUGACAUGGGGAGAAGUAACAACGCUCCAUGUAAUAGUUUUAGAAUGUAUGUGGACAUUAGUAUUUUAUUUUUAUUUAAAUAGUUUAUAUUUAAUAGUAUGGGCAUUUUCUGUACAACAAUA